ACCUGGGUAUCUUCAGCAGCCUGAGCAGUCGGGGAUCCGGGGCCCCGGGGGCAUCUGGGCCAAGUUAGGCGUGGCGGAGUCAAGCACCGAGCGUCGGCAAGACCUGAGGAGUCGGGGGACGUCCGGGGCCGAACUGCAGCAAAUGGGCUCCGACUUGCGGGACCUGAACGCGCUGCUGCCAGCGGUACCCUCGCUGGGCGGCGGCGGGGGCUGCGCCCUGCCGGUGAGCGGCGCCGCGCAGUGGGCACCAGUGCUGGACUUUGCGCCCCCGGGGGCCUCGGCAUACGGUUCGUUGGGCGGUCCUGCCCCUCCGCCCGCUCCGCCGCCGCCCCCGCCGCCGCCGCCGCCUCACUCCUUUAUCAAACAGGAGCCGAGCUGGGGCGGCGCGGAGCCGCACGAAGAGCAGUGCUUGAGCGCCUUCACUGUCCACUUCUCCGGCCAGUUCACGGGCACAGCUGGAGCCUGUCGCUACGGACCCUUCGGUCCUCCUCCCCCCAGCCAGACGUCCUCCGGCCAGGCCAGGAUGUUCCCCAACGCGCCCUACCUGCCCAGCUGCCUGGAAAGCCAGCCCGCUAUUCGAAACCAAGGUUACAGCACGGUCACCUUCGACGGAACGCCCAGCUACGGCCACACGCCCUCGCACCACGCGGCGCAGUUCCCCAACCACUCCUUCAAGCACGAGGACCCCAUGGGCCAGCAGGGCUCGCUGGGCGAGCAGCAGUACUCCGUGCCGCCCCCAGUCUAUGGCUGCCACACCCCCACCGACAGCUGCACCGGCAGCCAGGCCCUGCUGCUGAGGACGCCCUACAGCAGCGACAAUUUAUACCAGAUGACCUCCCAGCUUGAAUGCAUGACCUGGAAUCAGAUGAACUUAGGAGCCACAUUAAAGGGCCACGGCACAGGGUAUGAGAGCGACAACCACACCACGCCCAUUCUCUGUGGGGCCCAGUACAGGAUACACACCCACGGCGUCUUCAGGGGCAUUCAGGACGUGCGGCGUGUGCCUGGAGUAGCCCCGACUCUUGUCCGGUCAGCCUCUGAGACCAGUGAGAAACGCCCCUUCAUGUGUGCUUACCCGGGCUGCAAUAAGAGAUAUUUUAAGCUGUCUCACUUACAGAUGCACAGCCGGAAGCACACUGGUGAGAAACCAUACCAGUGUGACUUCAAGGACUGUGAGCGAAGGUUUUCUCGUUCAGACCAGCUCAAAAGACACCAAAGGAGACACACAGGUGUGAAACCCUUCCAGUGUAAAACUUGUCAGCGAAAGUUCUCCCGGUCUGACCACCUGAAGACCCACACCAGGACUCAUACAGGUAAAACAAGUGAAAAGCCCUUCAGCUGCCGGUGGCCCAGCUGUCAGAAAAAGUUCGCCCGGUCAGACGAGUUGGUCCGCCAUCACAACAUGCACCAGCGAAACAUGACCAAGCUCCAGCUGGCACUCUGAGAGGUCCGACACGGGGACAGCUCUGUGACCCAGGCCGGACAGUGUGGGAAGAACUACUUUCCAAUCUGACUUUAAGAGUCCUCCUCACUUGCCUUUCUCAGGAGGGAAUGGCAGUUCAUCUUCUUCAUGCAGCUUCCCAGACAAGAUGCGUGUACUACUGGAUCCUACCGGCUCUGCCCGGAGAAGCUGGCUUCUGCUUUGCCAACUUGUCAUGGACUCCCAAGGCCCCAGAGAAGUGGUGGACGGCGUCUGGUCCCUUAAACACCCACCGCCGCCGUUUCUGUCUGGUUUUUCCGGCGUAAGAAGAGCCACUGUUGAUAAUGUUCCCCCACCCUCUCCUUCUUUUACGCUCAUUUUCACUGGGAAUGGAGUCGUUGUACCAUUUUCCGUCAUAGAAUAUUUAUAGGCCAGGGCAUGUGGAUGUGUCUGCUAAUGUAAACUUUGUCAUGGUUUCCAUUUACUAACAGCAACGGCAAGAAAUAAAUCAGAGGGCCGGGCCCUGGGGUGAGUCCCGUCCGGCAGCCCCGAGGUCAGGCAGGCUGUGUGCCACCAGGCAACUUUUAAAACUCGUGUGUGUCUAGCAGCCGAGAAAAGAAUCAGACCUAACCAGUACCUCUGUAGAGACGUCUCAGAGAAUCUUACCACUUGGUUAAUUCAAUGUUAACAUGAGUGCAAGGCUCUUAAGAAACUGUGCUUGGAGAUCUGAGAUUUUGGUUUGGUGUUUAUUUUUGACGUUCUGAGUUGUAGCCAUCUGCACCUUCAGAGAUGUACGUAUCUCCUCACACGAAGGAAAUAGAAUUCAUUUUCGUCACUUGGGGUGCCCCUUAGAGUCCUUAGAGUGUACAGGCCAUGCUGGUUAUGUGGCUUCAAGGUGUAAAAAUUAAAGCGACUCUAAAAGAAAUAGGGGCUGAUCCAGGAUCUCCUCUGAGAAGACUGUUCUUCAGUAACUUAAGUAACUUUUGGUCUACAAGUAUAUGUGCAAAAAGGAUACUUACUAGUGGGAGGAAAUCCAUUGUUUAAAGGUAAUUGGGUGUGUGUGUGUGUGAUUUUUUUUUCACUUUUUUAAGGGGGGGAGUUUAUUAUUUUCUGUUGCUUGAAAUUAUUGUGUAAAUAUAUAUAUCUGAUGAUGAUUUGCUCUUUGACAGCUAAAGUUAGCAAAUGUAUAAAUGGUAGAUGCAUCAUUGUCUUGGUGUUGAUCUUACAACGUAUCAAUGAUAACACUAAAAAUGUAACCUGCAUUUUUCACUCCGCUCUCAAUUAAAGUCUGUUCAAAAGGAAA